AUGUGUAAUGUCAUUUAUAAGAUUAUUGCAAAAGCAUUGGCGAACAGGUUAAAGCCGUUACUAGAUAAUUGUAUCUCGGAGGAGCAAUCGGCAUUUGUGGAGGGUCAAUCUAUUCUACAUAAUGCCAUGAUAGCAUCUGAAAUCAUUCAUUCCCUCAAGAGAAAGACUCAAGGCAGGAGAGCUCAGUUAACGCUUAAGAUUGAUAUCGGUAAGGCUUUUGAUAGAGUAGAUUGGGGCUUCUUAAGAUGUAUGAUGUUGAAGAUGGGUUUCUUGGAAAAGUGGACACAUUGGAUGAUGAUGUAUGUUACGUCAGUUUACUAUUCGGUUCUAGUUAACUCAGACUCUAUUGGACCUAUUAUACCAGGGAGAGGACUCAGGGCCGAAGUGGAGGAAGUUUCUCAUCUUAUGAGAAUUCUGGAUAUCUAUGCAAAAGCCUCCGGACAGGAAAUCAAUCUAUCCAAAUCCGAGGUCUUUUUCAGUCGGAAUUUGAGUUUACCGGCCCAAGAGGAUCUUGCAAAUAUCAUGGGUGUCCGUCAUGUCUUAGGGACAGACAAGUAUUUAGGGUUGCCCUCGAUGAUAGGGAGGAGUAAGAAGUCUACUUUUGCUUUCAUCAAAGACCGUAUUUGGCAACGAAUUAAUUCUUGGAAAGGUCGGUCCUUGUCAAAAGCUGGUAAAGAAGUCAUGAUUAAAUCAGUUCUCCAAGCUAUCCCGGCUUACGUGAUGAGUAUUUUUAUUUUGCCCGAAGCAGUGAUUAAUGAUAUCGAGAGAAUGUUGAACGCCUUUUGGCGGGGUGGAGGUUCUAAUAGUAAGGGUAUUCGUUGGAUGGCAUGGGAUCGUUUAGCUUGUUCUAAGAAGGUUGGAGGUCUUGGAUUCAGAGAUUUUAGAGCUUUUAAUAUAGCUAUGGUGGCUAAGCAAGGAUGGUUUAUUAUGAGUCACCCGCAAGCUUUAGUGUCCAUAUUCUUCAAAGCAAGGUACUUCCCAAAUACAUCUUUCUUUGAAGCUAACCUUGGUUCUAAUCCUAGUUUUGUUUGGAGAAGUAUUUGGAAAGCUAGAGAUGUUCUUAUGCUUGGUUGUAGGUGGAGUAUAGGUGAUGGCAGCCAGAUUAAGGUUAUGCAGGAACCUUGGAUUCGGGGAAAUGAUGAUAGGUGUGUUCCGGGACCACAACAACAAGGUAUCUAUAAUUUGGUUGUUCAAGAUUUGUUGUUGCCAAAUGCCAAACAGUGGAAUAUGAGGUUGAUUAGAGAGUUGUUUGAUUUUUCAGGAGCGGAAGCUAUUACUUAUGUUCCGUUAGUGGAGGAUGUUGUUGUUGACCGUUUGGUGUGGAGGGAAGAGAAAGAUGGGCAUUAUAGUGUUCGUUCUGGUUAUCACCUUUGGAAAAGUAGUAAGAAGCCUCUUAGCCAGGAUAAUAUUGAGGUUAAUUGGAAUGGUUUGUGGUCUAUCAUUGCUCCCCCACGUGCGAAACACCUUCUAUGGCGGAUUUGCUCGGGUUGUUUGCCUUCCCGGGUCCGACUACGACAUCACCAUGUUCCUGGUCCUAUUAUGUGUCAAUUUUGCGGGGAGGAGGAGGAGGAUGAUUGGCAUUUGUUUUUCGGAUAUCCUGAGACUAUCGAGUGUUGGAGAACAGCAGGUUUGCAUGACACUAUAGCACCCUUCCUUCAUCAUAGUAAUGACAUUCGAUCUCUUAUUCUUAAUUUGUGUAAUAGGGAGGAUAUGAAGGUAGCGGGACGCUUUGCUAUGAUGAUCGAGUUAUUGUGGCAUAACAGGAAUGACUUUAUUUGGAAUAAUGAGAAGGAGGAAGUGUCUAGGCUUGGUUGGUUAGCUUUUCACAAGUGGCAAGAGUGGUGGUUGGCUCAAAAUCCCCAGGAUGGAGAGCCGUCUCUUUCUUACACUCUUUCUUGGAUUUCCCCCCUUCCGGAUGGUUUAAAUGUAACGUUGAUGCGGGUUUUAACCGUACUCAAGGAACUACUAAUAGAGGUUGGUGUAUCCGAGAUAACUUGGGGAAUUUUUUCAAAGCAGGCGUCGCUUGGGAUGUUGGUUCGUUUUCUAUCCUUGAAGCGGAAGCGUUGGCCUUAA